GUUACGUGCCUGCAAAUCAUUAUAAUAAGUUGUUGAUUCAGCAAUUCUCGUAAUUAGUGUAUAAAACCAAUAGUUGUCAUAACAUUGUCUCCUUCAACUAUGGCUGACAGUGAUGAUGAAUACGAUCGUAAGCGACGAGACAAAUUUCGUGGUGAAAGAGGUACAGCUGAGGGCAGCAGCUACCGGAGCAACGAUCGGCGGGAAGAAAGAGGUCGUGGACGCGAAGAGUGGUCUGAGAGAACCCGCGGUGGAGGUCGCUCAGGACCUGAUUACAGAGACUACCGUGGAGGAGCCAGUGCAAGCCGUGGCUACUCCCCCAUCCGGGGUGACGGGCCACCCAACAAGAGAAUCCGGCCUGACUGGCCCAUGGAAGACAGGAGAUAUGGGGGGAUGCCUCAUGAUUCAUACGGGUCCUAUGGAUGGGCACAUGAUCACUUCGGGCCUCAUCCUGCUCAUCAAGGAUAUGGUCAGCCCAUGCCCCCAGUUCCUGCGAGGGACGCAGUCCUCCCCAUUGGUCCAUCAGACGGGUCGUCCACCAUGAUGUCCUUCAAGGCGUUCCUCGCGGCUCAGGACGACUCCAUCACGGUCGAUGACGCGAUUGUCAAGUACAACGAGUACAAACUCGACUACAAGCGACAACAGCUCAAUGAGUUCUUUGUGGCUCAUAAAGACGAGGAAUGGUUCAAGAUCAAAUACCAUCCCGAAGAAUCGGUUAAACGGAAGGAGGAGCAACUGAAUGCGCUAAAGAACCGCGUCAACAUCUUCCUGGAGCUUUUAGAAGGUGGGGAGUUGAACAAAGUAUCUGUGGAUGUGGACAAGUCCGACCAACUGAUCCGAUUACUGGAUACCGUGGUCAUCAAACUAGAAGGCGGAACUGAGGAAGAUCUGAAAGCACUCGAUCUGCCGCCUGCUCCCGAGAAUACUAACUCGAUAAGUGAAAAAUCAGAUAAACGUGACGAGCAACCGGUCGUCAUUGACGUAGACGCUGUCAAAGUGAAAGAAGAAAAAGACGAUUCUGAGAAAACAGAAGAGAAGGAAAAGAAACCUGAGUCACCAAAGCCUACGACGCCACUGACUAUGGAGAUAGACCCUCACCUCAAGCAGUUGCAGGAGCAAGCUAAAAUGUUCUCGCGGUUCAACUCCGCGCCGGGCACAGAGCCGGGCGACGAUAUCGAUGUACCGGAGAAAGAACCGCCACCCCCCGGAUCUUCAUCAAGUUCCUCCUCAUCAAGUUCGUCUUCCUCCAGCUCCGAAGACGAGGGCGACACGGCGCCAAGACGCAAGUCCAAGUCCAAAUCCAAGACCCCAGACAAGUCUCCUAAACGCAAGGAAAAAUCCAAGUCGCCGAGCGCUGAAAAAGACGAGAAACCCGUCGAUAUUGUUAAAGUGAACGAAAAGAAUGGAGACAAGAGCGGCGAUGAAAAGGCCGAGUCGGUGUCUGAUGUCGUCGUCGAGAAGAAAGAGACUAGGGCCCUUCAUAAAACUACCUCCAUAUUCUUGAGGAACUUGGCGCCCAGUAUUACUAAAGCUGAGGUUGAAGCUAUGUGCAAGCGCUACGGCGGUUUUUUGCGCGUUGCGCUGGCCGACCCGCUGCCCGAGCGGCGCUGGUUCCGCCGCGGCUGGGUCACCUUCCGCAGAGAAGUCAACAUCAAGGACAUCUGCUGGAACCUCAACAACAUUCGGUUGCGCGAGUGCGAGUUGGGCGCGAUCGUGAACCGCGACCUGGCGCGGCGCGUGCGUCCCGUGACGGGCGUGACGCUGGAGCGGCCCGUGCUGCGCGCCGACGCCCGCCUGGCGGCGCGGCUGGCGCACCUGCUCGACACGCGCACCAAGCUGUGGCACCGGCCCAAGGGGGACAGCGCCGAGGACAAGCCCGUAUCCCAGUCUGAGGAGGCCGAUGGUCAAAAAGUCAAGAACAGUCGCGAUCCCCGAGUCAAUAGAACAGUCCCUUGUGAGGACUCGAGCUUCAGCCUGAACGAGUCUCCGAACCCCGUGCUCCACAAGAUCACCGAGCAUCUGAUCGAAGAGGCUUCCACUGAAGAAGAGGAGCUGCUAGGAGUAAAUCCCGACACCGAGACACAGACCGAGCAGUUGGACCCCGAACUGAUGCGCGUGCUGGACCGGCUGGUGCUGUACCUGCGCAUCGUGCACUCGGUGGACUACUACAACCACUGCGAGUACCCGUACGAGGACGAGAUGCCCAACCGCUGCGGCAUCAUGCACGCGCGCGCCGGACCCCCUGCCACCAAGCCCACCCAACAAGAAGUGCAAGAUUACAUCAAAACAUUUGAGGGGAAAAUGUCUGCUUUCCUCCAAGACGUCAAACCCCUUACUGAAGAAGAGUUAGAAAAGCUUGGAAUCAAGGAUCCCGAUGCAGAAGUAGAGAAGUUCGUCCAGGCCAACACUCAGGAGUUGGCCAAAGACAAGUGGUUGUGUCCACUCAGCGGCAAGAAAUUCAAGGGGCCCGACUUUAUUAGGAAACAUAUCUUCAACAAGCAUGCGGAGAAGGUGGAUGAGGUCCGUCGCGAGGUGGCGUACUUCAACGCGUACGUGCGCGACGUGCGGCGCCCGCAGCAGCCCGAGCCGCCGCAGCGCGCGCCGCCCGCGCCGCAAGCGCCGCCGCCACAGCCCGCCCCGUACGGCGGCGGGGCGCCGGCCGGCGGGCGCGGCUGGGGCUGGGCGGGCUGGGCGCCGCCGCAGCCCUAUGCGCCCCGGCACCCGAGGUUCUCCCGGCCUAGGGGCGGCGGCGCGGACUACCGCCCUGUCAUACACUACCGAGACUUGGACGCGCCGCGCGAACCAGACGAGUUCAUAUAACUUGGACAUACAUCACCCAAAAAGGACGCCCAUUACAAACACUCGUAGAAUUUAAACAAUGUUCCGUACACAAAUUAACUUAUUUAGGACUUUAGUAGGUUUACUAAUUUGUUUUCUUCGGAAUUGUUCGUAGUUUUAAGCUAAAAUUGUCGUAAUGGUUCGGCGAAAUAUGCUAUUUUUAAAUAAAAUACAUAUUUUAUUCUGGUGAAA